AUGGACGUCGACAUCCACCCUUCGCCUUCGAGCGUGUUCAGGAGCUUCCGACAGGUGUCCAUGACUUCCGCAAAACGGCCACGGUCCCCCGACGCUGAGACCGCCUACCCAAUCGAUCGGCCUACAAAACGCCUGUUCGUCACGACCUCUGGGUACAGUUCGGGUGCCACCGAUCCUACCGACCGUUCUCCUGGAGGCAGUAGCUAUGGUGCUCCCUCUGCGGGUACCAGUCGAUACCCAUCCGAAGACUGGGUGAAGCAAGCCGGAGGGCUGAGUAUCGAUAGUCCAAUGUUUCGUCAAUCCGUUUCGGCUAACUCUUCUUAUGAACACCUUGGAGCCUCUGGCGACGUUGACAUGGCGAUGGAUACGGAAGACUCUGCGGUACAAUCCCAUGCAAAUCCUCUUCCGGUGUCGACUUCGACAAGUUCACUGUCACAUUCUGGUGCUUCCGGGCUGAGCCAUAGAUCUGACAUUCCUUCGACACCUCACAAGGAGCUUCCUCAUGCACUCUCGAAGCCACACCCACAAAUUAACGUUGUUCCCGCCACGCCUUCUCUCCAUCAUACGCAGUCGUCCGGGAUGGCUCAACGCUCCUUCUCGGGUUCGCCAGAAAUGACUCCGAUGGCAUUGUCACCAGCACAAACCUUCAAUCAGUUGCUCUCGCCAUCGACGCCUCGGAGGAAGGUCACCAUGGGCCCUCGCGCCGACUGCGAAAAGUGUCGAAUGGGUGUUAAAGGCCACUGGAUGCACUUUGACUAG